AUGACUAAAUUCAGACCUUGCAUUGACUUGCACUCGGGGCAGGUGAAGCAGAUUGUGGGAGGUACUCUCAGCAAUGUUGCCGAAGACCUGAAAACCAAUUACGUCUCAAAGCUUCCCGCCGGCUACUAUUCGGAAUUAUACCAGAAACAUGAUCUGCGCGGAGGACAUGUGGUAAAGCUCGGUCCUGGCAAUGAUGACGCAGCCAAAGAGGCAUUGAGCACUUGGAAAGACGGAUUACAAGUUGCUGGAGGUAUUACCGAUCAAAAUGCUCAAUACUGGAUUGAUCAAGGCGCGGAGAAGGUGAUCAUCACAUCAUUUCUCUUCCCAUCAGGCAAAUUCUCGCUCGAGAGGCUUCAAUCAGUCCUUGCUGCUUUGGGCGGUGAUAAGUCCAAGCUGGUCUUGGAUCUUAGCUGUCGUCGUAAAGACAACAGUUGGUUUGUGGCGAUGGAUCGCUGGCAGACCAUUACCGAAAUGGAAAUUAACGCCGAAUCUAUUGCACUCCUGGAGCCCUACUGUUCCGAGUUUUUGAUCCAUGCUGCUGACGUGGAAGGACUCCAGCAGGGUGUGGAUGAAGAGCUGGUCUCCAAGUUGGCCGAAUGGUGCACAAUUCCCGUCACCUAUGCCGGUGGAGCUCGUAGUCUUGAGGACUUGGAAAAGGUGCAUGUGAGCAGCAAGGGAAAAGUGGACCUGACCAUUGGAAGCGCCCUGGAUAUCUUUGGCGGGUCUGGAGUGACCUUUGACGAAUGUGUUGAAUGGAACAUGAACCAUUGA